UAAUAAAAAUUGAUCCGGUCCAUCGGAAAGAAAUUAUAUAAAAACAACAAAAAAUAUUGCAUAUGUAUAAAUAAAAUGAUCAAAUAUAUAAAAAAAAUUGUCGAUAGUAUAUACAAAUAAACUCACCAUGCGCAAGACGCAUGUCUUAUCCUAGUAUUUAUUAUUCAUAGUCAUUUUUUGUCACAUAUAAGUUAAUAAUAUUAGGCAAUUCCGUAGCUUUUAUUUAAGGAAAGUAUGUCUUAUCCUAGUAUUUAUUAUUCAUAAUCAUUUAUUGUCAUAUAUAUGUUAAUCGUAUUAGGCAAUUCCGUAGCUUUUAUUAAGGAAAGUGUGAGAAUGUUCAUUUGUACACUAUUUAUCAAUUUAAUAGUUAGUUUAAUAAAAAAUAUAUUAUAAGUUAAGAUGAACCAACCUAUUUUUGUAAGAAUUCUGAAUUUCAUUCUCACGGUGACACGUGGCUACAAAACAAUGUUGUAAUGUUUCUCAAUUAAUAUUUAAGGAUAUGUAAAUUCAGUCUUGUAUGCGCAUUUAUUAGUUGAGAUAUGUUAAUUUUGGUCAAAGAGUAUGUAUUAAUUACAUUUAAAAUAUUUCCCAAAGUUAGUUUUCAAGUCAAAAUGGCAUCUAGUGAAUGUAUAAGGAAAGUGGGGGCGCCAGAAAAAGGAAACGUUGAAUACUCCCCCUAUAAAGCCAAUGAGCUUUUGCACAAAUCUUAAAAAUCUCUUAGCUCAGAUCUUUCUUCUUAAAAAAGAAAAAAAAUCGUACUCUUUAUGGAUUCGAAUUCCGACCCAUGUUUUGGCUUUGCCUUCAACAAUGUUCAAUUCUCCGACCGUCUUCUUCGUAUCGAGAUCACUAAUGGCGGUGAGAUCACUAAUGUCGAUUCGGUUCAGGAUCGCAAACGCAGGAGAACAGAUGUCAACACUAGCGCUGUAGAUGGUGAAAAUGAGAAAGAGUGUAACCCUCCAGCUCCUAGAGUUACAGAUUUACAUAUAAGCUCUCCCAUUUUGGCAGCCCAAAGCCCAUUUUUCUACAAGCUAUUCUCUAAUGGAAUGAUUGAGUCAGAGCAGAAUCAUGUCACUUUGAGAAUAGAAGCUUCUGAGGAAGCAGCUGUAAUGGAGCUAUUGAAAUUCAUGUAUACAAAUUCGCUAUCAUCAGUCACUGACGUCCCUGCUUUGUUUCGUGUUCUAAUGGCCGCAGACAAGUUUGAAGUUGCUUCGUGUAUGAAGUAUUGCACCCGUUCGUUGCUUAAUAUUCCCAUGACAUUGCCUUAUGCGUCGUUUAUUCUUCGUCUUCCUUGGCCCCUGCUAGUCGCUGAUUCCGUAAAGCCUUUGACAAAUGUUGCAAAGCAUUUCCUCAUCAUGCAUUUCAACGAUAUAACCAAGUUGCCACCAGAGGAGUUGACGGCUUUACCGUUAGUAGGUAUCAUGACACUACUAAUGAGCAACGAUCUGAUGAUUACGUGUGAGGACAUUGUCUACGAAGUUGUCUUGAAAUGGGCAAAAGCAAACUCCUCGGUUCUCGAAGAACGCCAAGGGAUCCUCAAUCAUCUCGCUCCCUACAUCCGUUUCCCUUACAUGACAUGUCACAGGCUCAAGAAAAUCUUGACCUCAGACGACUUUGAACCUUCUGUCGCGCACAAACUAGUCUUUGAAGCUCUCUUCUUCAAAGCAGAAUCAUCACUGGCUCAUCAAGCCGCCAUAAAAGCCGACUCACAUGACCGACGGUUUAUUGAACGAGGCUACACAUGCAGACCCAUCAAAACUGUGGAGUUCGAGGUGCCUCACCGUCAGUGCAUAGUCUACUUAGACUUGACGCGCAAAGAAUGCAAUGCUCUGUAUCCAUCGAAUCGUAUCUACUCUCAAAAGUUUCACUUGGGAGGGAAAGAGUUCUUACUCUCACCUUGUUGCAACAAGGACCAGCAAAAUAGGUUUCACCAUUUUGGAUUGUUUCUUUGGUCACAAGAAAAAGGGACGUCGGUGAGUGUGACUGUGGACUACGAGUUUUCAUCUAGGUGGAAGCCAACCCAGGAGUUUGCCAUAAGACGCAAAGGAAAGUAUAAGUUCACCGGAGUUCAAUCUAUUGGAUUCAGGGACGUGUUAGGGGCACCAUGGGCUAGUUUCAUUGGUGAGGACUCCCCCUACUUCAUCAAUGAUCUUCUUCAUCUCCGAGCCGAGCUCUCUAUCCGUCUUUAGGAUCAACCCAUUAACUGCAUCCUUUUUUCUUUCUUUCUUUCUUUCUGAACUUGCAUAUGAUGUAAAUCAUCUUCGUCUUUAAAGUAUAAAAGCAUCUCUGUCUUUCUCAAAUGGAAAACUUGUAACAUGAGACUUUGAAGAAAAACUCUCACAUUAUUAUUUCUCAUGAGAAUCUCUUGAUGCGGAUAACUAGAGUUUCUCCCAAAACUAAAUUGCAAAUUCAAUGCCCAGUAAGAGAAUAGUUUCAGACUGCAGAAGAUAACAUUGUUGAAACAUAUAUAUAUAUAUAGAUUGUAUAACAAUCAUAUUACAAAGAAAUCCUCA